CUAAAAAGUAUCAGUUGCGUUCCAAAUGAAUUCUAUUGAUCUGCCUUGUUCUCUUACGUGAGCGUUUGGAAUCUCUGAACAAGAAAGUGCUUGACAAGCUUAUACGUUCCUGCCGCUCCCUCAAUUGUUUCUUUUGUUUUGAUCACACACCCCUUGCUAAUUUAGUAAUGCUUUGCCAUUUAGCCAGCUAGUACUUGUAGUACUUUACUUUAGAAACAGGAGCAAAAUGGGAGUGUGACGUUAGUGAGCGAGUUAGCUUAAUUUUCAUAAGUAUUUUUUUAAAGCGUUUUAGAAAACUUUAUAUUUUAAAUUAUAUUUCGUAUUCGUUUCUCGCAGACAUAAACAUCUGGAUACUGGAAAAUACCCAAGCCUCAAAACAUUCUGUACUGGAUACGGUCAACCAUCGGACACCGUUGCUCAGUUAUCAAGCCUCUUACUUGGCUUGAUUACUACCUGGCUUUGUUAGUCGCAUUUGACAUCAGCUUCACCGCUGCUGGGAAUGGGGUUGCUCUUCGCGAAGCUAAUGACAGUUUUCGGUGACAGGCAGCACAAGGUCAUCAUUGUGGGCCUGGACAAUGCAGGGAAGACCACCAUCCUCUACCAAUUCCUGGCGAAGGAGGCAGUGCACACGUCCCCCACCGUCGGCAGCAACGUGGAGGAGAUCUCCGUGCGGAAGACCCGCUUUCUGGUGUGGGAUAUCGGCGGGCAGGAGAGUCUGAGGGCCAGCUGGAACUCCUAUUACUGCGACACCGAGAUUGUGAUUCUUGUGGUGGACAGCACCGACCGGGAGCGCCUCACGUUGACCAGAGAGGAGCUGCAUCGCAUGCUGGCUCACGAGGACCUGCAGAAUGCGGCAGUCCUGGUCCUGGCUAACAAGCAGGAUGUAAAGGACUCCAUGACGGCGGCAGAGAUUUCCCAGUGCCUGACGCUGAGCGCCAUCACAGGCCACCCCUGGCACAUCCAGGCGUGCUGCGCCCUCACCGGGGAGGGCCUCCCCGCCAGUCUCGACUGGAUGAGGUCUCACGUGCUGGCCAGCUGAGGCCCCUCCUCCUGACCAUGCGGAUGCAGACGGGGCUUGCCGGCACUACUUUCCGCAGCCUCGUCACAACCGCUCGGAAGGCAGCACUGCGGUCACGGAUCCAUGAGCAAGACCAGCUAACUUGGGGGCACCACCUUCUCCAGUUUUCAGGCCCUGAGCUGCGCUGGCUCCCAGGGCGCUCCCAGCUCCCAGCAGCCCGGGGGCACUCCCAGCUCAGCUGUUGGCGCGACACCCAGUUUGGCACGGAGGAGAGGGAAGGACUGGUCGAGGAUCCCUUGCGCCCACAGCCUUAACUACACCUGCGUGUCUCCACUCUGUCAGCCCUCAUCUGUCUGCCAGCCCUGUACAACCCUGUCUGGGUGCCACAUGCAGCAGCGGACAUGCCUUAGCAACAGCGAUAGCAACAGCAGUGCCUGUCUGCCUGGGUGGCUGGCAGGAACUGGUCCGCGCAGCAUUU